AUGUACGACGAAGUGGUUCCCGUUAAAAUUGAGUCCUUCAGUGGAAUGGCUGCUAAGAGCUCAAUCAGCCAGUGUAUCAAAACAGUACUACGAAGGGCUUGCGUGGAAAAAAGACUUACCGUCGGCCUUCUGCCAGCCAUUCAAUACUUGUCAACUAACUGCAAUGGGGCACUAUUCUGCAUAACUACAGAGGCGCCACCUGGUGACAGCGCCACCCAUAUGCAAGAAGUUUUACUGCAAGCAUUCUGCGUAGAAAACGACAUAUAUAAUAUAAAGGUGGAUUCAGAGCUCAAAUUAAAGAAGCUACUCAGUUGUACCGCAAGGUCUAUGGACUUCAGCUGCAUCUUAGUCCACUACCCCUACACCGAUCCAUUUAGUGACAGUCAAGAAAUCAACUUGUCCAUUCUCUCUGACACCGAGAGGAACCUGAUUGAGUACUGUGAGAGUAACUGGGGUUACUCCCAGGUUCCAGUCGUCAAGUUGCCUGAGAAGUGA